GAUAUAAUAUUAUUUUGUCGAGAAUUUUUGUACCUGCAGAGAUGUUAUUUAUUUUAUAUUUACAUGUACAGUACAGUAUACGAUACUUUUAAUUUUUAAAUUAUAAGUUUAACUAUUGAAAAGGACGAAUAUAAAAAUUGUAAAAUACAGUCUAACUCUAAAAGUGAUAUAGAAGCUAAGAGUCAACUGUUAUCUGAAGUCAUGGGCAUCGACCUUUCCAUUUUAUUUAAUUAAUACGCUGAUUAAUAGAAGAAUACAGCUGACGUAUUAAAUCCUGAACACGUUGAAUUUUAAUUAUAUGCUUCCAAGUUAAAAUUAUGAAACUAAACAUUUAUGUUAGUUGACGACUACCAAGCAAGCAGAGAGAACAAAAUGACUUCGUUUCGUGAUCAAAGGGAUUAUAAUAACAUCGACAAAAUGAAAUUGCACUGUAUACAAAAUGUUCUUUCUCGUUAUUUCUCAAGUUUAGGAAGAAUAAUUGCAAAACAUCCGUAUUAUUUUCUUAUAGGAACUGUUUUAUUUACAUCAAUAUUUUCUUCUGGUUUAUUAACAAUAAAAAUAAAUAGAGAUUUAAAUUAUUUGUUUACUGCUAAGAAUGGGAGAGCACAGAGUAAUAAAAAUCUAGCAGAAGUGACUUUUCCUAUGAACACGUCAUCGUUUUCUGAUAUGGCAAGAAUAACAAAAAUUAAAUCAGUUGUUAUAAUACAGGCAACUGCAAAGGAUGGUGGAAGUGUUCUACGUAGUAAAGUUAUAGAAGAAAUUGCACGUUUAGACGCUAUUGUUAAAAAUAUAACUGUUAAAUGGAAUAAUAAAACAUAUAAGCAUGAAGACUUGUGUGGUAAAAGAAAUGGAAAAUGUUUAGAAACUACUUUUCAUAAUUUAAUACCCUUUGCUAAGCAAAUGUUAGCAGGAAAAUAUAAAAUAAAAUAUCCAAUACAUAUGAAUAAUUUAACUCUAUCUUAUGAAGAAUAUGUACUUUCUUUAGGAGGUGUAGAACUGGACAGCCAAGGAUUUGUAAAAGAUGUCAAAGCAGCACGUUUUAUAUAUUUAUCAGAUGUAAGUAAUUCCAGUAAAGAAGAAAUUAUACAACUUUGGAGGGAAGCAGUUAACGAAAAAUUAAUUUCUCUUCAAUUUUCUGAAAUAUGUAUUUCUUUUUUCAAUGAUAAUUAUUUAUUACAAGAAGUUAAUACAAUUGCAAAAUAUCUCAUGAAACGUAUUCCUAUUGCUGCAAUUACAGUAAUUUCAUUUAGUUUUCUUUGCUGUAUGACUAAUAAUUGGAUUAGAAGUAAACCAUGGCUUGGACCUUCUGCUUGUAUUUCUGCUGGUUUAGCCAUAAUCAGUGGUUUUGGAUUGGUAUCCUACUUAGGAAUUGAAUACACCGAUUUUAAUAUUGGUCUAUGUUUUAUUAUACUCGGAACAGAAAUCGAUGAUGCAUUUGUAAUGAUAUCAGCUUGGAGAAAUACUCCAGUUACCGAUAGUGUUGAAAAACGACUACAAAAAGUUUAUACUGAAGCUGGUGUUUCGAUAACGAUAACAUCUCUUACGAAUUUUAUUUCUUUCUGCGUGGGAAUUGCAGCACAUUUUCCUGUGGUGGAAUUGUUCUGUAGUUAUGCAGCUGCCAGCGUAUUUUUUAGUUACAUUUAUCAAAUUACAUUUUUUGGUGCUUGCAUGGCUUUAAGCGGAUAUCGCGAAGAGAAGAAUCUUCAUUCCUUGACUUUCUGUCCAAUAAAAAAUACAAGAACAAGGCAAGGGAAUUUAUCUCAGAUAAAAGAAUCAUACAAAGAAGAGGAAUUUUUAAUGGCUCAAUUUCGAGACAAAAUUGGACAUCUUUUGACAUUCCCCAAAACAAAGAUUAUUGUUAUUAUAUUACUUUUUAUCAAUCUUGGUAUAGGAAUUUGGGGAUUUAUAUUUAUAAAAAAAGGAAAUGAAUUUUCUGAUUUACUCUCCGAUAAUUCUUCUAUAAAUAUUUACAAUGAACAAUUUUUCAAAUAUUUUAAUAAAUAUUAUUAUCCAGUUCAUAUUAUUAUUGAUCAACCGUUGAAUUAUGCCGAUAAAGACAUUCAGAAUUCAUUAGAAUCUAUUUUAAAUAGUUUUGAAACUCAUCCAAAUGUUGCGGAUUCAUCUUUAAGAAUUUCGUGGUUAAAAUAUUAUAAAAUGUUUUCUGAUAUGCCAGUAGGAAAAUUUUCUUUAAGAGGUUACAAUAUGUCUGACAAACAAGAUUUCAUUAAUGGUUUAAGAGAUGUUUUUCUUCGUAUUCCUCAAGCGAGAGAAUUCCAGGAAGAUAUUAUCUUUAAUGAGAACUUUACAGAUAUUACUACAAGUCGUAUAUUGAUUUUGUUAAAAGAUAUUACUGAUCAAGAUGUCGAAGUUAAGGUAAUAAAGGAUCUUUACCACAUAGCUGAUAAAUCACCAAUUUCUAUAAAACUUCAUAGCGUAGUUUUUCAUUUAAUAGAACAAGCUCUCAUAAUUGAAAAUAUGGUUUAUCAGACAAUUCUCAUCAGUUCUGCUUUGGUGUGUUUAGUAUUCUUCCUAUUCGUACCAAAUAUAACUUGUGCUUUAUCAAUAUCUACCAUCGUUUUGUGUAUAAUAUGUGAAACUGUGGGUUACGUUUAUUUUUUCAACGUUAAAAUGGAUAUUCUCUUAUUAUAUGCACUCAUACUUUGUGUAGGAUUUUCUAUUAAUUAUCCAACUCAUAUAUCAUUUUCGUUCGUAGUGGCCAAAGAUAUUUCAUCAAAAGAAAGAAUUAAAAAAUGUAUUUACGAAAUAGGUUUUCCUAUAUUACAAGGAAUAUGUACGACCAUUCUUGCAAUUACCGUUCUACCAUUUGAACCAUUUUAUAUAGCAGUUUCAUUUUUUAAAAUUAUGACAGUUCUUUCUCUGCAGACAGUAUGGCAUGCAAUGUUUGUGAUUCCUGUAAUCCUCAGUCUACUUCAACACUGUGAUAAAUCUUUAGCUGAUCAAAUUCCUUCCAAAGAUUCAAUAAAUGACUUGGACGUUCAAGAAGCAUUAACACAAAAUAGUAUUGAAUUAAAAUAUGAAGAGUGUCGGUUAUGAUAAUUAAUGUAUGUUACUAAUAAUAAUUGUAUAAAUAUAUUUUAUAUAAAAUAAAACAUAAAACAUUUCCUUAUUGAUUUUUUAUUUUAAAAAUUAUAAAGAUUCAACUAACAUGUCUACUAUGAGAUGGAAUGAAAUGGCUUGAAUGUUUCUUUGAUAUUUCUUCUGAAACUGAGAAUAAUAUGAGGGAUAAAAACUUUUAACAUUACCAUCCUCUUUGCUAAUUGCUAAAAUACCGUCUGAUCCGUACAUGUACUAAUCUUUACAAUGAAUAACACGAUACAUCUGCUACUCAAUCGCUUCUUUGUUCUCUCUUAUGUUCUUUACAUUAAGUACAAAUAGGGUAAACUUGCCUAAACUUAAGAAAAAAC